UGUCUGUGUGGUUCUAAGACGCGGGUUAGUCCUCGUGCCAAAGAACACUUGGCCCUGUAAUACCUUGUUCUGUCAAUCACUCAGAGCCAAACCGCUUCAAACAUCCGUAUUCUGACAAACCGAGUGAUAUUUUGAAUCUCAAGCGUCUUUAUAACUUAAUAUCCCUGCCUUUUUCAUCACUUGAGCGUGUCGUUUAGAUUGCUGUGUUUGAUAUAUAUAAGGGAAACAGUACUUUUAGCUACGGUGAGAUGCCAGGGUGUAUGCAAGGGCUGGAGUGUUAGAGGGACGCAGAGGUGGAGCAAAGAUGGACUGGUACAGCGACUGGCCGCGGACGCUGGUGGGCCUCACGCUGGGCGCCGGCUGCCUCCUUUAUUACCUUCUGGACGCCGCCAAGGUUCCCGUCGUGGCGUGCCGGCGCGGCGCGUGGCGCGGGUUCCUGGAGCAGCACCUGAGUAUCCUGCAGGAGAGGUACUGGCCCACGCCAUGGUGCUAUGAGUCCCGCUGCCAGACCAUCAUGGCCUCCGUGCUGCGCGCCAGGCUGCCCCACAUCAACUACAGGAGGGAACUGCUGGAGCUGAAGGACGGCGGACAGGUGUGUCUGGACUGGCUGGACGACGGACGGGAGCACGACGAGACGCACCCCACCGUCAUCAUACUGCCGGGCCUCACAGGGUCGUCCCAGAGUGAGUACGUCAAGAGCUUCGUCCUCUCAGUGCAGGACGCCGGCGCCAGGUGUGUCGUCUUCAACAACAGAGGCCGCGGCGGAGUGCAGCUGAAGACCGCCCGAACUUAUUGUGCGGCGAAUAGCGACGACCUGGAGGAGGCGAUCGAGCACAUCCACAAAAGAUACCCGAAGACGCCCCUCAUGGCCACGGGCAUCUCGCUGGGAGGUAUGAUCUUAGGUAACUACUUGGUAACGCGGAAGGAAAGAGCCGCGGAGCACUUGGUAGCAGCAAUGGUUCUCUCAAUCCCGUGGAAUGUGUUUGUUGGGACCCAGAGCCUCGAGAAACCCUUGUGGAACCUCCUGCUGAACCGCCACCUCGCCAGCUGCCUUUGUGAGUCCAUCAGAAGCAUGAGGAAGCAGCUGGAAGGAAACUACAGCUGGGAUUUGGACCACGUCAUGAAGAGCAAAACGAUUCGGGAGUUUGAUUCGCGGUUCACGGCGGUUCAGUUCGGUUUUCGGGACGUGGAGGACUACUACCGCACGGCCUGCCUCCAUGACAAGCUGCAUCUCGUCCGCGUUCCUCUCCUGUGUCUCUCCGCUGCCGACGAUCCAUUCCAGCCCCUGCAAGGCAUCCCCGUCGAAGAAGCCAAGAAAUCUAGUCACGUUGCUAUUGUGGUGACCUCUCGCGGUGGUCACAUAGGAUUCAUGGAAGGCAUUAUCCCCACCAACAGCUACUACAGCGACAGACUCUACAAACAGCUCGUCUCUGCGGUCUUUUCCAACCUCGACCAGCUUGGGGACGUGAGGGGCGAGGCUCAGAAAUACGCGACAGAGGUUGUGUUUAGCAGUGCGGGGGGUAGCGGUGACGGGGAGGUGACAUCUUCAUCAUCAUCAGUAACAGGAGUGUCUGGGUUAGCAGAGAGGUCUUCAUAAUAUCACGCUUCUGUUAAGCUGUUGUUAUUAUUAUUAUUAUUGUUAUUAUUAUCAUUAUUAUUAUUGUUAUUAUUAUUAUUACUGUUGGUUUUAAUGUUUUUAAUAUUAUGACUGUUACUAAAUUAUUACUUAUACUAUCUAGUAAAAAAACGUAUUUUUUCUUGUUUAUAACCAAUAAUAACUAAUAAUAGCAAUAAUGAUAAUAGCAAUAAUAUAAUAAUAAUAAUAAUAAUAAUAAUAAUAAACAAGUCAAUAAAUGAAGGAAACAAGUAAAUUUAUGAGCUAGCUAAAUAAUAUGGAAACUAUAAUAUUUUCAAUUUCCUAGCCUACCCGGUACAAUAAUGAUAAUAAUAGUUACAACAAGAGGCCAUUAUCACUGCCGUACAGCGUAGUUAUAAUUAGUACAACAAAAAAAAAAAAAAUACGUUCGUGCACAAACAGUACGAUAGUUAUUGUGUCGCGGUGUAGCGGAUCAAAGUAGAGGAAAAAUAUGCAGUUGAUAUUCAAAUGUAUUACUACGCUGUUUUAGACCCAAAAAAAUCACAACUAACGCACACGUUUACGCUGUAUAGUUUUUGUAUAGAUAUCUUUACGUUUAGAUUUUGUAUAGUACGCGGUUAGGAUACAUUUAGUCAUGUUAUUAAGAUGAUUAGGAUUAUGAUUUGGUAAUAGGAAGGUAUUGGUUCUCAAAUACUGCUAGGUGACUGGAAUAGACUCAUUAAACAGGUUAUUAGUUCUAAGCCAUUAGGGAGCUUUGAAAGGUCAAAUUAUGGAUGGGUAUGAGAUGAGUGGAAAUAGGCAGGCAUUUGUACAGGGACUGCCACGUGUAGACCUCAUGGUGUCUUGCUGUUUCCCUUAGUUUUAUUUUCUUUUGAUUUAAAGAGCCACGUUAUUGAAAUGAUGAAAGUUGCGGUUAUUCUGUCAUAUCUUAAUAUAAAAGUCGUGUUAUUAGAAUUAUGAAGAUCAUUAUUGUUUUGUACAUUUUAUUGUGAAGUCACAAAGAUUAUUAUUGCUGCCUUUAGUAAUAUGUAAUAUGUAAUAUGAACAUGUACUGUACUAUACGAGUAUGCUACAAAAGUUAUUUGUUAUUUGUUACACCAAUAACAUGGAAAAUACCGGAA